GGCGGCGUGUGCGUCGGAAGGUAAACAACAGGAUUAGCGACGCCGACGUGCGACGUAUGACGAGUGGGUGAGCGGCAUUCGGAGAGAAUCUCGAGAAGUCUCGAGUUUCUACGAGAAGGCGUCAUUCUGACGACGGCUGUCGUCGUAGGAUCAGUCACGCGCGGCUCGACGUAGCUCGAAUAGUGGAACAUAACCUCGUCCCACCGUCACGCUGCGCAAGCAUGAGCGUAUUGGACUCCCGGAGGGUCAUUUCCCGGAUAUUUGCGCCGCGAGGAUGAGGGCCGCCGAUCGUCUCGCGGUGGAGACGCGAGAGGAGCGCGAGGGGACACGAGCCGCGUCGUCGGCCGAAUGCCGAUUUGCACGUGAUCGAUGUCAACGCGGCGUGGCUGACGCCAGCGAGGCCGGAAUCAUGUGCGACAAGUAUGUCAUCGGUUACUGGGUGCCCGAGAGGAAGCGGCAGAAGUUCAAUUGGACCGAUUUCGAGCACAUAUGCGAGUCCGAGGGCUUUCGGUUAAAAAUGAUCGAUGUAAAUUUAAACCUUGAGAAGCAGGGACCAUUGCAUGUUUUUCUACACAAGCUGACAGAUAUGCAAUCACAUGCAGAAAGUGGUGAUAAAAAUGCUGAGGAUAUUGUUUCAAGGCUUCAGGAAUAUAUUGCAAAACAUUCAGAUCUGAUUGUUAUUGAUCCUCUGGACAAUAUUAGAAACUUAAGCAAUCGAUAUAAAUCGUAUGAGUUUAUACAAGAAGGAAUCCGAUUUAAAGAUAUAUUCACUCCUAACUUUAUAGAAAUUAAAAGUAAAAACGUUCAUGAAAUAGCAUCAAUGUUAAAAAAGCGUGGUAUAAAGUAUCCAUUUGUUUGCAAACCGCUUAUCGCAUAUGGUUCGAGUGACGCACAUAAGAUGAUGAUUAUCUUUAAUGAAAGGGAUUUGAAAGACUGUCAACUACCUUGCGUCGCUCAGGAUUUCAUUAAUCAUAAUGCUAUUUUAUAUAAAGUAUUCGUCGUGGGGGAUCAUUUUCAUGUGGUUGAGCGUCCUAGCUUUAAAAACUUUUAUCAAGAAGACUGUAAUUCGUUAAAUACAAUAUUCUUCAACUCGCACGAUAUAUCGAAAAGUUGGAGUAGAUCUAAGUGGUCUAUAUUGUCCGAAGAAGACAUUCCCUUGACUGUGAAACCGAAUUUCCAAAUAUUCGAAAGGAUUGUUAAGAAUAUUCAAGAGAUAUUUCGACUUGUUUUAGUUGGAAUAGAUGUUGUAAUAGAAAAUCAUACUGGGAAAUACGCGAUAAUAGAUGUUAAUGUGUUUCCUGGAUAUGAUGGUUACCCGAAUUUUUUUCAACACUUAAUAGAUAGUAUUAAGAAGUUGUUAGAGCGAGAAGCUUGUAGACAAAACUCCAAGGGCUGUACAUUAAAAAAGUGCCAGAGCGAUGAUCUCGAUUCUGGCUUUGAAAGUGAUGAGAAAAGGAAAUGUUCUACAAAUUGAAUAUACAAUGUGUGAUGAAUAAUUUAGGAAUUAAUCUGUUAGUAAUCGCGGUGAUACUGGCAUUAUUGUUUUAUAUUUGUCUGUAUAUUUUUAUAACCAAAAUUUGGCUCUCUUAUAAUUUUUCGCGCAAUUUGAUUAUUGGGUAUAAUUUUUUGAUAUUAAGUUUUGUGUCGAGAAAUAAAUCAUGCGUGGCACAUUGUUUAUUUCGUAAUGUGUGAAAUACGAAAUAGUGUUUGAUUGUUCGCUAAAAUUUGGACUCUAUGUUUUGUAUUUUGUAAUAAAUCUCAUAGUACAACAUUA